AGUCCCUCCCGGUCGCUCAGCUGUGCGUCACAUGUCGGGCGCCGCGAGUCCUUCUCCCGUGCGGAUCGCUACUAAACGUACGAGUCUAACGACCCGGCUAGGACGCCGUCUAGCACCGGACCUCCGUCUAACGUCGGCGCGCGUCAGCCACGUAUUAUUAUGCUGUCAGCCGUGUGCACGCCAACGCAUCGCCACGAAUCGAUCACGAAGUGCCUCGAAUAUGCGGACGGCGUGACGAACGCGGGCGACGGUGCACGCCGCUUUGUUGAUACGCUGAGUUCUGUGUUCAGGCCACGGAGGCCGCCGCGUCCCUUCGGCGUUUAAAACGAGAUCCCUGCGGGAUCGUCGUACCCUCCCCCCCGUCCCCCGCGAGUUUUAAGCACUGCCACCGCCGUCGGUGGCAGGUACACGACGGCGUGGAUUGGUGCGUGACGGAAAAAAGCCUGUUCGGUACGAUGACCUAAAGCGGGAUAAAAGAGGGAUAGAGCGGGCCACGAGAGAGCGAGAGGAAAAGAGCGAGCCUUUCUUUGGGAAUUCGCUCGUUGGCGACGUGGUCGACGUUGGCCAGCGUGGUUAAAGGGAUCGACGCCUUCCUUUCGGGAGUGCGUGCGUGCGGGCGGGCGUGCGUGCGUGCUCGCGUGCAUGCGUGCUUAUACGUGUCGUCAACCGUUGCAUCGCGACCAUUGAGUUUCGCAGACGUGCGCGUUAUUCUUGCACUUUGAAUUUUGAACUUGUUCGCGUUCCGCGUGCGUCUGGCAUUCCCUGCGCCCGGCGUGACUCCUGUGGUCUGUGUGUGCGUGUGUGAAUCGUUCGCCGUGCGUUCACGAGCGUUCUCUUCGAACACUCUCGAGACGUGUCGCAGGACAGUCGAGUGGACAGUAUUGAGUUUUGGAACAGGGAGAUUCCCUUUCUCAGAUCUCUCUCAUUGGAUCUGUACUGCCUGGACUUGCAACAACACGCCGAGACACGCGUCUGGACGUCGGGCCCCCUUUCGAAGUCCGCGGAAGUAACCGUGGUACUCUGAUUCAACAAGAAUCGAAAAUCCAAAGGCGAUUAAGAAGAAGAAGAAGAGUGGACAGGUGCACGUGAAGGAACACAGAGUGUUUGUCGCGUGAAUGUUUCGCGUCGCGUCGCUCGUCCAACGAGUGCCUCGCGCAACGGGACUCCGCGCGAGAAAACGAUCGUCGGGAACGAUCGAGUGAUCCUCCGCCGCGAAGAGGAAGAGAGAGAAAAGAUAAAGCGAGAGGGACAAAAGGAUCCUACUGAUCUGCGCGAAAUCGAGUGAUAUCGCGUCGCUCGGUAGAAGCCGCGAAUAAUGUCGACGGGCAAGAGGCUGGCGAAGCGCAGCAUAAUCGGCACCAGGGUGUGCGCUCCCGGUCAGGACGGCAAGUACUACAGCGGCGCCAUUUGCGCCGUGAAAACGCCGCAGACCGCCGAGUCGCCGGGCCAGAAGAGCGUCACGGGGAAGACCCUGUACUCCGUGCGCUUCGACAUCACGGGCGGCAGCCCGCCGAGCCCCAAGGAGUACUCGGACCGCGAUCUCAUCGGACCGGGCUUCGGUUCCGUCACUGGCGCGCGGCUGGUACCCGGUCAGAAGGUUUAUCUAACGUACAACGGUAGGGAGAUCCACGCGGAGGUCACGGAGCAUCGCCAGCAUCUCGACGAGGUGGACGUGGUCAUUGCCCCGAACGGGCAGGAGGGUACUAUGAGCCUAACCAAACGUAUUGACGAGAUCAGGUUGCUCGAAUCACGUAAGAGCGCACGACUCGCCGAUCAAGACACGGAUUUCGCCAGGCUCGCCGAUAUGGCCGGCGAUCGCAAGCGGGCGUCCUCCCACUCUAUCGACGUGCCACACGUGAUGGCGUAAGUUUCUCCUCUUCUUUUCCUAUUGCUGUCGCUUAUCUGGAAUGCCUUUACAUCCGGGGCAGCAGAUAAGGUCGAAAGUAACUGCCGCCGAUUGACAGUAAACUUGCGCCCCAGACAAGCGGAAUCGUCCCUUUAAACGUCAUUUGAAAGCAAAAUACAGUUUACGCAGCGGCGCGACUCUUACUCUUGACUUGAUUAUGCAAAUCUCAUGCACCUUCCCCGUGAAAGUUAUUGAAGCGUUUCUCGCGUUACGUUUUGAAUUUUUAAUUUUCGCAUCGUACGUAUAAUAUCGUAAUUUGACAUACAUAACUCCAGAGAUAUUGCCUCGAUAUCGUGCAAGCGUAUCGUGAAAUUCUCGAAAUGAAAUCGAAAAAUUAUUCAUACGUUUAAUUCAGUUAUUGUGUGAUCGAAUGUAUCCUUCGCUCUAUUUAGAUAAUAUUUUUCAUUUCCUUGUGCAAUAAGACAUAAAUUUCCUAGAUCGACCUGCUGCCCCUUUCCCAUCCAACUCCACAAGCGUGAAUUCAACCUACGGCAACAUCUCCAUAUUAUAUCGUAAUGCAUUCUUUUAAGACCCCUCCUCCUUUGUAAUUGAAGAUUCGAAGCGACGUGAGUACAAUUUUUCUUCAGUAUACAUCCAAUUUCGCGUUAGAGCUUAGUCGAUUGUCGGUUAAUUUUUUAAAACGGUACAAAAAUAAUGAUACACCUAAGGCGGAAAGGAAAUGGAAAUGCAAUCAAAGAUAGUGCACACGUGCAACUCCUCUCUAACAGAAUUGUAUAAUAUAAGUAAAUUAUUUGCCGGACGGCUCGUAGCACCGCCGUUUGCUGCCACACGGACGCCUUAUAUGUCAAAGGUAUUCUAACAAUCCGGCAUAUACCGAAGGUCAUUGCCAGAUACGACGCGCUGACAAGACCUUCGGUGCGCGAGAUUAUUAGAAUAGCUUUUCUCCACGUCAGGCUUCUUUCUCUCGUCGCGUAACGCUGACAGGUACAGGUCGACAGGCAGUACAGGACGUGCAGGUCUGUACAUAUUUUUCCCCCCACGCGCGUAAAUUUGAUGUAUAUAUAGCCGUGUGUCCUGAAGAUCGGACACAUUCGAUGCUAAAGAUAAAAAGCUGAGCAUCCGCGUGAUGUAUAAAGCAAGAACGAAGGAGCGUCCGUUUGCGGAUCGUUAGACCGUGAAUGCACCCUCGCCGGGCACCUGUCUCUCACCUUUAUAUACCGGCACGCAACUCCCC